UGCAAUUCUGUGCGGCAUUGUGAAUAAAUCCUCGCGGUAUAAAUAGUGUCCAUUGAGCGUCUCACAUCUCACAGUAUCUCAUUUGGAUUCCGAAAACAAAUAGUUACUUUUAACAACAUGAAGUUUUACAGCUCUGCACUUCUUUUGGCCGCCGCAUCAGCCACGGUCAUGGCUGCUUCGCCAAAACCCAUGGAACACAUGUGUUCGAAGUCCAACAAUGAGGGCAAGUGCGAGGGCAUGAACAAGAUGAUCAACACCAGUCAAGGCUGCAACAUGAGUGGCGAUGACAAGUGUUCCACCACUCAUUGUUGCAUGGAUAGCCACGGUGACGAUGAUGAUGAUGAUGACCACGAAAUGAUGAUGUGCUCGCACGAGACCAACCAGGACAAAUGUGAAGGCUUGGGCAAGGAUGUGAACAUGCACAUGUCCUGCUUCAGAUAUGGCGAUGACAAGUGUGCCAGCUCCCACUGCUGCACGGAUCACGCUGAUGACCAUGACAAGGAUGACCAUGAUAAGGAGGAACACGACAAGGAUGAGCAUCACAUGGAGGAACACAAGGAAGAAUACAAGGAAGAGCACAAGAAAGAGGAACACAAGGAAGUGAAACACAAAGAGGAACACAAGGAGGAACACAAAGAGGAACACAAGGAGGAACACAAGGAAGACCACAAAGAAGACCACAAGGAAGACCACAAGGAAGACCACAAGGAAGAGGAGCACAAGGAGGAACAUAAGGAAGAGCAUGAUAAGGACAAUGGUGACCACGAGAUGACGUGUUCUGAUGAUACCAAUCAGGGCAAGUGUAAAAGCCUGGACAAGUCGAUUAACAAAGGCAAAGGCUGUAAUCGAUAUGAUGACGACAAGUGUGCAACCUCACACUGCU